GUUGGGGCCCGGGACCUUUGUAUUUGUUUAUAACGAACGACCUCGAAAAUGGAAAUAAAUGUAUACGAGUUUUACUGAAAAUAAUAGAGUUUUCACGUGUUUUCUUUGUUGUAUAUUUUGAAAAUCGAGCAGGUAGUAAUCGGAAAUGUACACCUGCUUUUGUUUGACUGAACUCGGUGGUGCAUAAAAGUGCUGGGUUAUUUAUAAAUCCCCGAGGACAUAAUCGUUGAGGAUUUUUUGAGUGAUAAGUUGUUUGUGUAUUUCCUUAUUUAAAAAAAGUUUUUAUAUAACCAAGGAUAUGGAGGAGAAAAUAUUAGUUCCCGAGCGUCAAAAGCGCAAACAAAAGUUUCUAGAUAAACUUAAGGUAUUUUUCUCAUAAUUUGAGUGGAAUAUUAUUGAAAAUAGACCAUUUAGUAUAUUAUUUUGUUUAUGAAUUGAUUUUAUUUGGUCAUAUGUUAAACUAAAAUAGUUGAAAUUUAUAAUUAUAACAUUCUAAAUAAUUUCCAGUGGUUGUAUAUUAGGAAUUAAUUGCCUCGGUAGCGCAGUAGGUAGCGCGUAAGUCUCAUAAUCUUAAGGUCGUGAGUUCGAUCCUCACCCGGGGCAUUUUUUUAUAAUUUAAAAAAAAUUAUAUACUACGUAAGCGACGACUUUUACAGGGUGUUUCUAAAGACAAAAUCGUUAUGGGGAUAUCAAAAUCAGAUAUGGCGAGCGAAUCUCCCACGGAUAAUUCAAAUGGAAACGAACCGACUAUUCAAACGAUAAUAAAAAAUCCAUCAAGGUCUACCAUAACUACAACCUCAUUACAGACCAACAGCCAGUCCAGUACGACAACGACCACGCGAGUGAGUAAAACUUCGACCAGCGCUUCCACAAGCCAAAGACGCCAAAUCACCACAGACACUAAAGCUUCCAAUAUGAAAAACGAUUUAGUCGAUUUUAAAAACAAUAUCAACGACAUGAAAAGCAGCCUUCCAAACACGCUGAUGCAACUAAGAAAUUCGUUAGAAAAUUUAGUUGAUUCCGAUGAAAUCAACGACCCCAUAGUGACGUUCCCCGAUGAUACGCCAGUGCCUUCCGAAAUCGGUUCGCCAACGAAUACAGUCGAAUCACUUAAAUAUGAACAAAAAACUAUGAAUAAUUUUAAGAAAACCACGGUAAUGAAAGAUGGUAUAAGUGCAGAAAAAGAAAGCGCUAAAGUAGAAGAAAUGAAAAAAAUUAGAGCCGGAGAAAUAUCUUACGAAGAAAGUAACGCUGCAGCGGCUACACGUGCUCGAAUCGAUAUAGACGGAAUAACGGCACAGAAGAGUCAGGUUACAGCAAAAGAAGCCAGAUCUUUGAAAGCCGGCGAACUUAGUCAGCAGGAAUCCAAAAAUAUGGCGCAGUCUAAUAUGAAAGUUACGACCGAUAAAUUCAGCAGCGAAAGAUCGGCAAUGGAAUCGCAACAACAAAGACAAACGGUCACGGCGAGCGGUUUCUUCAAUCAAGAAAAAAAAAGUUCCAGUAGCAGUCAUAUAUACACUUCAGCAACAAAAGGUCUCAGUACAACAGCAUCGAUGAUUAACGCGAGCAGACAGUUUCAUUUACUCAACAGUACCCCCGAAGAAGAUAUUCUUAAUACCUCUUUGGAGGAUUUAGAAAGCCUUUCAGCAAAUUCGGAUAUCCAUGACAUCGAAAGAGCAAAACACAAAUAUUCCACGUACUUAGAUGAAUCAAUACGAUGUUUACAGAAAUUAGAACAAAGCAAAGACGCCCCGUUGUUUUUAGAUAAAAUCAACGACGUAAUGCGUAAAGCAUGGGCAGUACCAACGUACGGCCAUGAACUAGGUUACGCUCUAUGUAAUACUUUGAGAAAUAGUGGAGGAUUAGAUCUGAUAAUGCAGAAUUGUACUAAUGCGGAUAAGAUACUACAAUUCGCGAGCGCGAAACUUUUAGAACAAUGCCUUACAGCCGAAAACCGAGCUCACGUCGUCGAACACGGUUUAGAUAGAGUCGUAAACGUAGCUUGUGUUUGUACUAAAAUCCAUUCUGUAGAUCACUCGCGUGUAGGUACGGGAAUAUUAGAACAUUUAUUCAAACAUAGCGAAGAAACCUGUAGCGACGUCGUCAGAUUGGGAGGUUUGGACGCCUUAUUAUUCGAAUGUAGAAAAAGCGAUAUAGAAACACUAAGACACUGCGCGGGAGCUUUAGCAAAUCUCAGUUUAUACGGCGGUGCCGAAAAUCAAGAAGCGAUGAUUAAACGAAAAGUACCAAUGUGGUUGUUCCCUUUAGCAUUCCACAACGACGACAAUAUCAAAUACUACGCCUGCCUCGCUAUAACUGUUUUAGUAGCUAAUCCCGAAAUAGAAGCUGAGGUACUACAAUCUGGUACCCUGGGUUUAGUAGAACCUUUCGUAACGAGUCACAACCCAUCCGAAUUCGCUAAAUCUAAUCUUGCUCAUGCUCACGGUCAAAGUAAAACUUGGUUAAAAAAUUUAGUACCUGUAUUAAGUUCGAAACGCGAGGAAGCUCGAAAUUUGGCAGCUUUCCAUUUUUGUAUGGAAGCGGGGAUUAAAAAACAACAAGGAAAUACGAGUAUGUUCUCAGAAAUCGGUGCUAUCGAAUGUCUCAAAAAGGUAGCUAGUUGUCCUAACGCUGUAGCUUCGAAAUAUGCCGCGCAAGCGUUGAGAUUGAUAGGAGAGGAAGUACCGCACAAACUUAGUCAGCAAGUGCCGUUGUGGUCGGCAGAAGAUGUCGAAGAAUGGGUGAAGCAAAUUGGUUUUCCCGAUAUCGCUCCCAGUUUUAUGGAAAGCAGAGUCGACGGCGAUUUACUUUUACAACUCACAGAAGAAAAUCUCAAAGAAGAUAUUGGACUGACGAACGGAAUCAAAAGAAAACGAUUCACGCGUGAACUUCAACAACUGAAGAAAAUGGCAGACUAUUCAUCGAGAGAUACGGCGAGUAUUAACACUUUCCUGCAAGCACUGGGGCCUGAAUUUUCCAUAUACACUUACAGUUUCCUAAAUGCUGGAGUAGAGAAAAAAGACUACCUUCGAAAUAUAUCCGAAGAUCAGCUACUAAAGGAAUGCGGAAUAAGUAAUUCCAUACAUCGAUACCGAAUAAUGGAAGGAAUUAGACAACUUGAAAAUGGUUUGGCGAAUGGUAUGAACGAAGACAAUAUGGACAAAUCCUUAGACGUUUUUGUUAGUUACCGAAGAUCGAAUGGUUCUCAAUUAGCUAGUCUGCUAAAAGUCCAUUUACAACUUCGUGGAUUUAGUGUUUUCAUUGAUGUAGAAAGAUUAGAAGCUGGCAAAUUCGAUAAUAACUUAUUACAAAGUAUACAAAAAGCUAAGCACUUUUUGUUAGUACUAACACCGAAUGCCUUAGAAAGGUGUGUAGGGGACCAUGAAAGAAAAGACUGGGUACAUAGGGAAAUAUGUGCAGCUUUAUCGGCAAAUUGUAACAUCAUCCCUAUAAUCGAUAACUUUGUUUUCCCCGAACCUGAUGAUUUGCCAGAAGAUAUGAGACAGGUGUGCCAUUUCAACGCAGUUCGAUGGAUUCACGAUUACCAAGACGCUUGCGUGGACAAACUUGAAAGGUUCAUGCGAGGAGAAACGAAUACGCGUGGAGAUGGUCUAAGAGUGGGCCUAACUAAAGGUGACAUUACACCGGGCACUCCUUCGAAUCCGGGCUUAGUAAGACAACCGCCAAACUAUCAAAGAAUGCACAGCAACGAUUCAGGAAGUGGUAAAAGUUCAGACAAAGACGUUAACGGAAAUUCGGGCUUGACGAGAGAUUGACUAGAUGGUCCUUACGCCUCGGUCACACCUACUCCACUGCCAAGAUUCUGUAAAGCAAACAGUCCGUCCCGAAAUUGGAUAAUAAAUUCCAACAAAUUCAACCGCGGCGUACCGCCUGCGCAGUACUCCCGCAGGGGUUCAACUACCCCUAUAUCAUCGUUAGCCGUAAACAGUUACCCUCGCCCGCCUUUACCGAACCGAUCUCGUAGCCUCGACGGUCUCCUGGAUUCCGAGCCAAUUCACGCGGCAGCUUCAGAAGCAACUAAACACGAACGACGAGUUCCUUCCCCCGAUGACGGCGUCGGCGAGACUGACAGUAGUUUAAGUAACGCGCGCAACGUCGAGGAAAAUUGUUGUACCGAUAGUGAUAAUGACAAAUGUUCAAUUUAUAGUGAUUCUAGUGAUUCGAAACGUAAGAGGAACUUUAUGGAUAGGUGCGUCAAUAAAGUGCGAUCUUUCAUUAAAAAAUGAAACAGUGCAAUGAAGGGAUGAUGUUGUCGGAUCUAGUUCGCGAUUGUGGAAUUAUUAAAACCAUUAAACGGGGUGGAUAAAUCCAAAACUACUCGAUAAUAUGAAGAAAUCUUCUUCAAUUUCUCUUAAACAUUUCGAUUUGGGUCUUCUUUGUAGUCCUUUCCUCCAUACAUGUUUGGAUCUUUAUUCUUGUAUACUGCCUCAGAUUAUGAUUCAUGUAGGAAACUUCAAACCAAGCCUAGUAACUCCAUUGUUUUGCAUCCUAAUAUUGAGAAAUCCAUCAUGUAUGUUAUUUUGUCCAUUCAUAAAGAUUUUCAAGGUUAUUUUCGUGAUAUUUUCUCCAUUGGUUCAGUUUUUCAUUGAUUCUUCUUUGGUACCCUUCAUCUUCUAUCUUUACAGGAUCCUUUAACUUUUCUUCCAUUCCAAUAUUUUGCUUAUUAAUUGGCGUUUGUUCUACACAGUUUUUAGCCAUUGUUUCUUUUAUAUCCACUUUUAUUUACUUAUCGUAACGCCCUGGUAUUUAAAUUUAUAUAUUUCUUCAAAUUUUUCAUUUUCUCCAUUUUAUCCUGGUUUAUUAGUUUCCUUUAUAUUUAUUCUUAAUCCUUUUCGGUUGUGUUCCUCUAUACGUAUUGAGGUAACUUUAUUUUUUGAGCUUAUUUCACUACAUAUUCUCCAUUCUGGUCUCCAUUUUUUGCUUAUCUAAAUUCUAGUUCAAUUUUGCAUUAUUUUUCCUCAAUUUCUCUUCUUCAAUAUUCGUUAUAGUAACAGUUACUGAUGCAUACAUUUUUUUGUAUGUAUAUUUAUCAUUAUUUUGGUUUUCUUUACAUUUAUUCUUAAUCCCUUCUUCCUCAAUUUUCCUUGAUAUUUUCACCUUGAUUUUCCUAUGACUAUGUCAUUUUUAUACACCAUUAUCUGCCUUACUUUUCCUAUUUACCUGCGCACUAAAUCUUCCCCAUUUCUUUUUUCUAAUAUUUCUUUAUUAGUUCUUUUCUUAUAGCCCCGGUAUUCGAUCUUCAGAAUUGUUCUUAAUAUUUUUCCAUUGUUUAUCCUUUUUUCCAUUACAAUAUUUGGCUUUUUAAUUUAUGUUUGGAUCUAUCACCAUUAUAUUUUCUUUCACACUCUUUUCAAUUACUUAUCAUAAAGCCCCUGGUAUAUAAUUUUUAGUAUGUAUUCAAUUUUUUAUUACCUAUUCUUGUUUUUUUAUUUUAUACUGUUUCUACAAGUCUCAUUAUUUCACUUCUCUUAAAUUUUCCUUAAAUUUUUUUCUUCAAUCUUCUUCGAUAUGUUCACCAUAAUUUUUUUCUCUUUUAUUUAUUCUUUAUUUCAUUGUUUCUAUUUUCACUCUAAUGCCCAUUUCUGAUGCUUAUAUUACCCUUUAUGUUUGUCAUUAUUGUCAAGAUCCAAAUUGAAAUGUUAAAACUCCUUCGAAAUUAUCAAUAUCAGGAUUUUUAUAGAAAUUGUUUAGUUUUUUUGAUGAUAAUGAAAAUGUAUGUAUAUAAAGUGUGUAUAUGAGAAAUCUGGCAACGUUUUCCUUUCAUUCCGUCCAUAUUUAUAUACUUAUUCACUUUUUAUUUUCCAUAUAAAAAUCUAAAUGAUAUUAUUUAUUUUUUUCCAUUUAAGGCAACUAAAUUACUUAGCACGAAUAUUAGUUUGUGCUUUUUAUACAAAAGUAUACACUGAAAAAAAAAUGUGAUUAUCAGCAGCCUUUUUACAAAUUAGGUCUGCAUCUAAACCAUAUUUAUUAUUUGCAGCAAAAUUGUUUCAAUAUAAAACAUUUAUAUAUAUGUAAAUAGCGUAUUUACACGAAAUAUUUCACCCUGUAUUCAAUUUUGGAGAAUAUUACUGGGACGGAUCAAAAAAUUCGCGACUUUUCAAAUGAAGUAAUGUUUAAGUUCCUUUGGGAUUUAUUUGCCCCUCUAAAAAUUUCAUCAUAUCUACCUUCUUUCAGGUUUAGAAACAACAAAUAGUCACCAGAGGCUAAAUCCGGAGAAAAGGGUGGAUGACGAAGCUAUAUGUAACCUAAUUGAAGUAAUAUGAUUAUUAUUUUGUUUCGAAAAGAAUAUUUUUCUCAAUUCUCUUCAUAAAAAAACGGUGGUUGUGACUUUAUUGGUUAUAAACCUACCUAGGAGCUGGUUCAACCCCUUCUUUCUUACUUUCUUCUACUUAAAAUGGCGGUAAAAUAAAAACCAAAUGACAUUCUAAUUGAAUGACAGAUGACCAAAACGGUGACGUUUCUAGUUGAUCCGUCCUUGUAAGUAUUUCGUGGUUUAUCAUAUAGAAAAACGAUCGUGGCCUAUUUUUGUCUUUCCAUUAAGUAUUUUUAUAAGCAUUGUCAAUUUUAAACUAUUUAAGUUGAUGAUACUUAUUGUUUUUAUUUGUCAAUUUUAAUGUGUUUUAACAUAAAUAUGUAAUUUAUGAAGUGUAACGUUAAUCUACUGAAGCUUGCCGAAAAAAAGCAAGAGAAGUAGUUAGUUUUAACACUCAAUCGUGAUGUACCACAGGUUACUUUUUAUUGUAAUUAUUUUAAAUGGUACAUUUUAUGUUUAACAUUUUUAUUAGCAUUUUAUAGAUCCCAUAAUUGUUUUUUAUUCAUGUUAUAUUUAAAAAUAUAUUUUAUUAAGAU